AUGGGAGCGGUUCACAGCGGUUGUAGUGUUACCGCCAAAGCGACGCUACAGCGCAGGGGUGCCAUAGUCCACGAAGACUCGGACCUCGAAAGCGGUGAGAGCGUUAACACACUAGAAGAGGAGGCCUUGCAACGCUCUCCGGGGGAUACCAAAGGUGCUUGUUCGGCAUCAAAGAAAAGGCCUAGGGUAAAACCCAGUAAGGAGGGGUUGAAGGCUAAAGCCAUAUACAAGGCGGCGGUCAAAGUCCACGAGAGACUUAGCUGCGAGUCCAACCGGACGAAGGAAGAGGAGGAAAGGUUGGCUUGGGCUAAAGAGAAAAUGGAGGAAGGCCGGGCGUACUACGCGGCAAGGCCACGUAUCCGGGAUUCGCAAACUGCCACGGAUCCGGGAUUCGCAAACCGGAUAGAGGAAGGAAUCGCGGCUAAAAGGCAGCGGUCUGCUGAAAGCGAGACAGCAAGGCCAGCCAAAAAAUCGAGGCGCAGAGAUGACGCUGCAAAGCCAAACGUCAGGCUCGAUCUAGAGAAACCGACAACAUCGAGAGCGGCGGCAAUGGCCAGUGAGAUAGCCAGAAGACACCUUAUCGUGGCACUCAUAGACCGGAGCAAUCCGCUGGGACAAAUCUCUCAGGAGCGCUGGGGAGCAGCAGAACAUAAGCUGCUGGAUGCCCUCGUCGCAAAAAUGGAUGGGGACCCCACCACGACCAUGCCAACUUUCGAUGGUGCGGGGGUGGCUAAAUGGGGUGAAAAUAAUAAGAUGUAA